UGUCCAGAUUAUUUUGUGGGCGCUACGUGUUGUUUAUUUUUAUUUACGUAAAUUUUUCUAAAUUUUGAAUUAAACUUUACCAUGUCAGCACAAAAUGUAAACGUCUGUGAUAUAGGCGACGACGUGAAGGAGGUGUUGAAGAAGUUUCGCUUCCAGAAACACAGUUCCAACUCCGCUUUGAUACUGAAGGUGAACAGAGAGAAGCAAGCUUUGGAAGUGGAUGAAGAGCUGGAGAAUGUGGAAUUGGAAGAGCUCCAGGAUAUCCUUCCGUCACACCAGCCUCGGUUCAUUGUGUACAGUUACAAAAUGGAACACAAUGAUGGCAGGACGUCAUUCCCCAUGUGUUUCAUCUUCUACACUCCACGCGACGCACACAUGGAGUUACAGGUAAUGUACGCAGGAACGCAAAGGGCGCUGGCAGCGGCCGUCGGCGCGCCGCGUCUGUUGGAGGUGAGAGAGAUAGACGAGCUCACCUCCGAAUGGCUGAACGAGAAGCUUAGGAGGUAGACAAGGACAGCUGUAUGUUUGGUGCUUCUAUCUUUAACUGGAUAUCGUGUAUAUUAUACAUCGCGCGGUGAAAGUUGAGGCAAACAUAAACAUUGAUGUAAAAUUUUAAUACAGAACACUCAAAACAUUAUACUUCAAAUUAAAAUAUCGAAUACACUAGCUACAUCGCUAUUGCUAUAUGUGCAACGGGACUAUUCCCACCUCUCGUUCCCACCGCUGCAACUCCUGUGUAGCCGGGAUCUACAGCUUGACCGCCAAAAACCCAACCAGUGAAGGUCAAGUGUGUCCCGGGGGAAAGUUAAACUGUCAUUGGAAUCGCAACGAAAUUAAUCCGAAGAACGUCGAAUCUGAAGGAGUUCGAAGUUAAGGUUCGACUUCCCUCCAUUGCACAGCGGAUGACUGGUGACAAAUAAAGGUUUAAUAACCUUUAAGAAAAGGUAUGCUAUAUGUGUGCAAGUGAGAUAGAAAGCACUUGUCAGUCAGACUACGCAAGACGUCAACGCGGCAAGCGUAUACAGAUACGAAUCUUUGUUUGUAUCGAUGCCUCAACUCUCGCUGGGCGAA